AUGGACUCAGGGAGCAGAAGCCCACCUGAAGAAACCCACAGGAACUGGUGCUCGUACACAGUCACCCGGACAGUGUCCUGCCACGUCCAGAAUGGCACCUUCCUCCAGAGGGUGUUCCAGACCUGCCGCUGGCCCAUGGGCUGCAACGGAGGCAGCUAUAGAACCAUUGUGAGGCCGACAUACAAGGUAGCCUACAAAACGUUCACGGCUCUAGAGUGGAGAUGCUGCCCAGGCCACACAGGUGCCAACUGCGAAGAAGAGACCAUCAGCUAUGCAGACCCUCAGGAAGCCAGCCGACCCAGCAUCCCCCUCCGCAGAAACUCCCACCGGCCAGCAACUUACUCAGGGUGUUUAAACUGCAGCAAAGUGAUGGAGCUGACGGCGCGUCUCAACACCCUGGAAGCUAAGAUGGCGUUGCUGUCAGCAGCUGAGCCGGCAACCUCCCCAGCACCCAACAAACACCUCUUAACCAAAGGGCCUGCCCAUUCAGACUCCAUCCAGCUCUGGGGGUCUCCAGCCACCCACGGGAGCCCAGGGGAUGAAGGCGUGAGAGGAUCCCCGCAAGGAGAGAGGCUGGCAGGAGUACUUCCUAGCCAAGACAGGAAAACAGGGUCACAAGGACCCCCUGGUCCUUCAGGUCCCAAGGGAGACACUGGGAGCCGGGGGCCUUCUGGGGUGCCUGGAGUCAGGGGUCCUGCUGGACCACCAGGCCCUCCUGGUCCCCCAGGCUCACCAGGACGGGAUGGUGUGAGGGGCAUCCCUGGAGAGAAGGGGUUACCAGGACUUCCAGGCCUCCCAGGUCCUCCAGGCCCCCCAAUCCCAGUGGGGCCAGUUAUACCCCAGAUCCCAGACCCAAGGGACCCGCUUCUGUCAAAUACCUUCACUGAGGCUGGCAGCAUCAGCAUUGUGGGACCGGCUGGACCCCCUGGGCCUUUGGGGCCAAUAGGCCCCCCAGGCCCAAUUGGAUUACCAGGCCCUGCUGGGCGUGAUGGGUUACCCGGAGCACCAGGUGCUGAUGGAGCUGCUGGCCUUCCAGGGGAAAAAGGAGACCGAGGCCCUCAAGGAUUUCCUGGAAGCAGAGGCCUGGAUGGAGAGCGAGGGGAGCCAGGCCCAAAAGGAGAGCCAGGGGAGAAGGGCACCUGGGCCAUUAGCUUACAAACCUUCCUACAGCAGCAGGCCCAGCUGGAGCUCCUGGCUAGAAGGGUCACCUUGCUGGAAGCCAUCAUCUGGCCAGAACCAGACCCAGGGUCAGGAGCUGGCCCCUUCACCACUAGCACCCCCAACUUCUACCGAGGCAAGCGCAGCGGACUGGCGGCCUACCGGAUCAUCUCCCGCCAGCUGUCCCAGAAGGGCCAGGAUGAGAGGCAGUGAAGAGGCGUGGCCCUGGCCGGCGGAGCGCAAGAGGGAGCAAUUGCCCCCAGCACCACGGCCUCUCUAUGAGCCUGCCUCCCCCCAUCCCUCCACGUCACUCUGGACUGUCACAUGAGGAAGCACAUGAGGGGCCAUCCCAGGAUCCCAAGCCAGCCCACGUGAUUGGGGCCCCCCGGGGCUGCAGCCAGGGAGGGUGCUUGGGAGCCGAUGGCAGCACCACUCUGUAUUUAUUUGUUUUUCAUUUUUCAAGAGGCCUGUAUCCAGCGUUAUAUGUGUAUGAACGCGCCCCCAUUCUGCUCAUCCCGAUGUCUUCAGAGCCCCGGCCCACUCCCGCACUCCCCUCCCUGUCCUGAAGGGGGGACUCGUGAUCUUUGGUGCUAACCUCUGGGGCAGACGUCUCUAGAUGACUCUGCACUUGGGGGAUGACCUUGGUGCUUUGGCCUAUAGUUUGUUGCUGCUUCCCUGUCUCCUGGGGCCAAGAGGAAGGCAAUCCCAUUCCCACCUUGUCCCUGAGUCCCUGGAUGGUUUGCACUGCCCCUCCUCCAGGCCUCCUAGCUCUGCUUCUACUACGUUGGUGGCUAGGGGGAUCGCUGCCUUGCUUCCACCCUCACCAGGCCCUAAGGCAGGGGUGGGUAAAAUGCGGCCUGGGGGCUGGAUGCAGCCCGCCAGGCCAUUCUAUCCGGCCCGCGGGCCCCCUACAAAUUUAGAAAAUUAAUAUUAAUCUGCCCUGGGCUGCCUGUCAUGUGGCCCACGAUGGCUUGCCGAAACUCAGUGAACAGCCCUCUGCCCAAAAUAUUUGCCUGCUCUUGCCCUAAGGCAAUCAUUUCUCUCCCGUGAAGCCUAGUUUUUACUGGUGAGUGCAAGGUCAGGGCAGCUACACUGAACUUACCCCCUUUCCUGCCAGCCAGGGCCUGCCCAUCUGGUUGGGACUCUGCAGCCCAGCAAGGCAAUCUCUGAUCACCACGGGUGGUCCAACCUGUCCCAGCAGGAGGCCAGCACUACCCACUGAAAACCAAAGCAGCAAGGCAAUGCUGGAGUGGAGCUCAGCUGCCUGCCUGUCACUUUGGUGCUCCAUGCCUCAGGCAUGGGAGAACUGUGGGACUCUCCAUGCCUUUGACUCUCCCAAGCUACAUGGGUCCAUGACUUUGACCCAGGCCCCAGGCCCCCUUGGCUGCCCCAGUCAUGGAGGUAUGAUGGUGACAAACCAUGCUGUGUCCUCUGCACUCUCUAACAUACUGGCUCACACCUGCCACCACCUAAAGCUUUUGCCCAGUGCUCAAACUGCCAUAUCCCUUUCCUGCACUGUGGUGCAGCUUUGCUUCAUCCAACCAGAGGCAGAGCAGGUGAAGGUCUAACAUGACCGCCCAUGAGGCAGCAUCCCCAGCCCAAGUUGAAGGAUCUCCCAUCUAGGAGUGAAAGCAUCACCAAGGGGGUAGUUGCCUGGCUGGAAAGGGGCACAAGGGGUCUUGGCUCCCUUCCUGUCCUGCCUCAUUGAUGGAUAAGGGAACUUCACCUCUGCAUCCAGCAUCUGGAGAGCAGGGCAAGGAAGAAGGUGGAAGGGGGGCACAACCCCAUCCACAGUCCAACCCCACUUCCAACUCCCAGCACCACCCCACAGGCCCUCAACACUGCUCACUGAUCCAGCUGGCUGUAGAAGGGAAGCAGGGCUUGCAACAAACAGAGGAGCCAGGAGUAGGGGCAGCUCCAGUUAUUAAUGGGCUGGUCCAUACAAAUCUGACAGCCAGUAAUGCCUGCUACCGCUCCCCUCCCCCUGCCCAACCUCGUGAACAAAGGAGCCGAGUGCACAAGCAGCUGGGGAGAGCCCCUGCUAUUGUAUCACAUAUGCUUGUAACCCUGGCCACUCUGGGAACCAGUCAUGUAUUAUGGUCAUUAAAACAUCUCACUGAU